CCAUACAUCCAGUCUAUGGAACACCACACAGAUUGGGUCAAUGAUGUGGUGCUGUGCUGUGAGGGAAGAACAUUGAUAUCUGCCUCAAGUGAUACCACAGUAAAAGUAUGGAAUGCUCACAAAGGAUUCUGUAUGUCUACACUAAGAACUCACAAGGACUAUGUGAAAGCCCUGGCAUAUGCCAAAGAUCGUGAGCAUGUAGCGUCAGCUGGACUGGACCGCGCCAUCUUUCUGUGGGACGUCAGAACGUUAACUGCCUUGACAGCAGCUAAUAAUACGGUCACAACGUCUUCCCUAAAUGGAAGCAAGGACUCCAUAUACAGUCUUGCCAUGAACCAGCCGGGCAGUGUGAUUAUUUCUGGGUCAACUGAGAAAGUGUUGCGAGUCUGGGACCCGCGGACCUGUCAGAAGCUGAUGAAGUUACGAGGACAUGCUGAUAAUGUAAAGGCUAUUGUAAUCAACAGGGAUGGCACCCAGUGUCUGUCUGGGAGUUCAGAUGGCACCAUAAGACUGUGGUCACUAGGUCAGCAGAGAUGUGUGGCUACAAUACGAGUGCACGACGAGGGAGUGUGGGCUUUGCAGGCAAACGACACAUUCACCACGGUUUACUCUGGCGGGCGUGACCGCAGAAUCUGGGCCACAGAUGUCAGGAAUCCUGACAAUAGGACACUGAUAUGUGAGGAGAAAGCACCUGUUUUAACACUUGAACUUGUCCAAAACUCUGACCAACCAUCAUUAUGGGUGUCAACAACAGAUUCUACUAUUAGGAAUUGGCCAAUCAAACACAGGCUAUCAAGAAUGUCUGGCGACUAUGAUAAUUUUAAUGAGAUUCCCACACCGAUGUGCACACAGCCAGACAUGACAAUCAAAGGUGGUGCUAGUAUAAGACAAUACCAUGUAUUAAAUGAUAAAAGACAUGUAUUAACUAAGGACACAAAUGAAGAUGUAGCCCUGUACGAUGUCUUAACAGCUAGGAAAAUAGAAGAAUUGGGCGCAGUGGAUCUGGAGGAAGAAAUCAAAAAAAGGUUUAAGAUGGUCCAUGUACCCAACUGGUUCUCAGUGGAUCUCAAAACUGGGAUGAUCACAAUACAUUUAGAGGAGACGGACUGUUUUGCUGCUUGGGUUUCAGCGAAAGAUGUUGGUAUAGAAACCAGUGGGGAUGGACCAGACACUAAAUUAAAUUUAGGUGGCAUGUUACUACAAGCUCUAUUGGAACAUUGGCCCAGAACACAAAUGGAGGAGGGGUCAGAAAAUGGUGAUAUGAAUGGUGAGAUGAAUGGAGACAUGAAUUUUGAUAGGAAAACUGGAAAUCCAUAUUUCAGUGUCCCUGGGCACACACCCCUCAUAUUCAGUGAGAUGGGUGGCCGCACCUUGUUUCGCUUGCUUUGUCGAGACGCUGGUGGAGAUACGGAGCAGAUGCUGCUUAACGAGACGGUACCGCCCUGGGUGGUGGACAUCACAGUAGAUAAAAACAUGCCCAAGUUCAACAAGAUACCAUUUUUCCUACAACCACACUCCACGUCAGGUAUCAAGUGCCUGAAGAAGGACAGACUGUCAGCCAGUGACAUGUUACAAGUGCGGAAAGUGGUCGAACACGUCUUCGAAAAGGUCAUGGGUCAGGGGUCAGAGACAGGGUCACAGAACGCGGGUCAGGACAGGACAGACUACGACAAGGUCCCAGAGGAUGAUGGGAUACCUGCAGAAGAAAAGGUGGAGCUACUGUGCAAUGAUCAGAUUCUGGAUGCUAAUAUGGAUUUGAGGACAGUGAAACAUUUUAUAUGGAAGCAAGGUGGGGACUUGACAUUACACUACAGGCCAAUCAAACACUGAGAGAUGAACAGGCCUUUAGUGUCCUUAUACCUAUACUUAUCUAUAGAUAAAAACAUCUUCAGUUGAAAAAGGAAUCAAUGUAGCAAUUUAUGUACUGAUUGUUAGUGGUUUCUGUGUUAUUUUGGAGAGGUGUGGAAGAAAACAUCUUUGUGUAGAAAAUCAUUUUGUAUAGUAUAGUGAAGAAAUGUAAAUCUUCUGUGAUGGCCUCUUCUUUAUUUAAGAUGAGCAAAAGUUUCGAUGUUGGCACCGGAAAAAUCAUCUUCCAGAAUAAGUCUUGUUGAGAUGAAGUAAAUUAAUAUAAAGAUGUAAUCCAUGGAUGCUUUUAAAACAAAAAAAUUGAUGUGCUUCUGCAGUGAAAUAGCAUGAUUAUGGCAUGCUAAACACUGAGGGAGAAAAUCAUGAAAGAAUAUUUAUUAAUUUGUUGUUACUGAAGAGAAGACACUUUUGCAUUGACAUGCUGAGCAUGACAUAUUUGACACUAGGGAGUCUGCCUUUGAAAAGAUCACAGUGCAAGGCCACACUUGGAAGGUGAUUCUUGCAGAUCUAGCUGCUUGUGCUCCAGAACGUCAAGGCAUGGGUAGAUGACCACUUCCUGCUUUUCUGAAGAUCAUCUUAUACUAGUCUGAUUGCAUCAGGACUUAACUUGUGGAGAAAGCAUUAUUUGUCAUUGGUCAGUGCUGUGGGCAGCUUCUAUGGUCACUACAUAUUUUAUUGCCUGCUACCUCUUAAUCUUAGUGUCUAAGGGUCACCAAUGUCAUGUUUAAGGGUGUGUAAACCUCACUGUUUAUGCUACAUUUUAAUGUUAUCCAGCAUAUUUCUGGAUCAAGUCAUAUCUUGAAAGAUAUUUUACUGUUUAAACAUUAUACAAUUUGGUGUUACAAUAGUACUACUGCAUAAAAGUAGUGUUAAGAAUGUAAUUCAUCAUACAGGUCUGGCCACAGGUUCACUCCCCC